GCCACUUGCGUCAUCGGAGCGCGCGGCCGCCGCAGCGGAAUGAUUACGGGCAAGCCCCGACGGGACUGUCAGUCAGAGCGCGGCCAAGUUCGGGCCGGGGGGCCCGUGGGGCCGACGCGGCCAUGGCGGCCGUGUUUGAUCUGGACUUAGAGACGGAGGAAGGCAGUGAAGGCGAGGGCGACCCGGAGUUCAGCCCCGCGGACGUGUGUCCCCUUGCUGAUUUGAGGGCGGCUGGCCUGGAGCCUCUGGGACACUAUGAGGAGGUGGAGCUGACGGAGACCAGCGUGAACCUCGGCCCUGAGCGCAUUGGACCUCACUGCUUUGAGCUGCUGCGUGUGCUGGGCAAGGGAGGCUAUGGCAAGGUGUUCCAGGUGCGAAAGGUGCAAGGCACCAACCUGGGCAAAAUAUAUGCCAUGAAAGUCCUGAGGAAGGCCAAAAUCGUGCGCAAUGCCAAGGACACAGCACACACGCGGGCUGAGCGGAAUAUUCUAGAGUCAGUGAAACACCCCUUCAUUGUGGAACUGGCCUAUGCCUUCCAGACUGGUGGCAAACUCUACCUCAUCCUCGAGUGCCUCAGUGGUGGUGAGCUCUUCACACAUCUGGAGCGAGAAGGCAUCUUCCUGGAAGACACGGCCUGCUUCUACCUAGCUGAGAUCACACUGGCCCUGGGCCAUCUCCACUCCCAAGGCAUCAUCUACCGAGACCUCAAACCUGAGAACAUCAUGCUCAACAGCCAGGGCCACAUCAAACUGACAGACUUCGGGCUCUGCAAGGAGUCCAUCCACGAGGGUGCUGUCACUCACACCUUCUGCGGCACCAUUGAGUACAUGGCUCCUGAGAUUCUGGUGCGCAGUGGCCACAACCGGGCGGUGGACUGGUGGAGUUUGGGGGCCCUGAUGUACGACAUGCUCACUGGAUCGCCACCCUUUACUGCAGAGAACCGGAAGAAAACCAUGGAUAAGAUUAUCAAGGGAAAGCUGGUGCUGCCCCCCUACCUCACGCCAGAUGCCCGGGAUCUAGUCAAAAAGUUUCUGAAGCGGAAUCCCAGCCAACGGAUUGGGGGUGGCCCUGCAGAUGCUGCUGAUGUGCAGAGGCACCCUUUCUUCCGGCAUAUCAAUUGGGAUGACCUCCUGGCCCGCCGCAUAGACCCCCCUUUCAGGCCCUCUCUGCAGUCCGAGGAGGACGUGAGCCAGUUUGACACACGCUUCACGCGGCAGACACCAGUGGACAGUCCAGAUGACACAUCCCUCAGCGAGAGUGCCAAUCAGGCCUUCCUGGGCUUCACAUACGUGGCGCCCUCCGUCCUGGACAGCAUAAAGGAGGGCUUCUCCUUCCAACCCAAGGUGCGCUCCCCCCGACGCCUCAACAGCAGUCCCCGGACCCCCAUCAGCCCCCUCAAGUUCUCCCCCUUCGAGGGGUUCCGGCCCAGCCCUGGCCCACCAGAGCCCAUGGAGCCACCUCUCCCUCCACUCCUGCCACCACCGACGCCGCCACCACCUUCAAGCACUGCCCCCCUCCCCAUCCGUCCUCCCUCAGGGACCAAGAAGUCCAAGAGGGGCCGUGGGCGCCCUGGGCGCUAGGAGGAUGGGUAGGGAGGAGGGUAACUGUUGAGGCCCUUUCGCCACAGGCUGUGAGGGCAGCAGGGCCUGGGCUGCAACUAGAGACUUGAGGUUACUUCUGGGGCUAUAGGAGUGUCUUUUUGGGGUGUGGCUGUGCCCCUGGAUCAUGAGCAUGGAGGGCUACUGGCCACAACUGCUGGUAGAUGGGCCCCGCCACCCACCUGGACUCAGCAUUUGGCUGCCCUCAGAAUUAAACAAUUGAAUCAUGAUA